AUGGACGUUGACGACACAGGCGGUGUCCCAGCUACUCAGCAGGAACGUCGACACGUGGGUGCAGAGGAUUCUACUUCGUCGUCAUUGUUCUGGAUAACCAUCAUCCUGUUCUGCGGGGCAUUCUUGUUCUGCUGUGGCAUAAUUGUCAUCACCAUAGUGACAACAGGUGGGAAUGGGGACAGGGAUGUGGUCGAUAAAGGCCCGGACCUAGGAAGCGGUGGCGGUGGUGGUGGCGCUGGCAGUCAGGGACCGGGACCUGUCGGGCCAACUAACCCCCCCGUUAUAUCCAGCGGAACAGAUACAACCAACAGUGGCCAGCCUACCAGUGCGGGCCCGCCUGCAUCUCCGAGGUCACAAGCGACUCCUACGAGGACAACUACCGCACCACCUGCGAGCACAAGCGGUGGGAGUGGCGACAGCGAUGUGGUCGAUGACGCCCCGGACCAAGGAAGCGGUGGCGGUGGCGGUCAAGGACCGGGACCUGUCGGGCCAACUAACCCCCCCGUUAUAUCCAGCGGAACAGAUACAACCAGCAGUGGCCAGCCUACCAGUGCGGGCUCGGCUGCAUCUGCGAGGUCGCAAGCGACCCCUACGAUAACGACUACGGCACCACCUGCGAACACAAGUGCGCCUAAACCUGAAGUGGCAACACCCAUGGCACCAUAUAGCUACGUAUGCACCAUCAGCGAAGCGUGGCGAGGAAACACGACGUACCUACCUCCAGACAACGCGUGCGACUACUUGUUCUACGACUCGCUCUACAAGGACAACAAGAACGCCCUCAUAGAUGGCGUCCACAUGUGGGACGCCGGAGCCCAGCAGUUCAUCCGGCUGGCUUCCGUGUACAAGCACACAAAGUUGGGCUUUUCGUUCGCGUCCAAGCUUCGCCUUCUGAGCAGAGACAUAAAGGACCCAAAAUUUUUCACCACCAUCGACGAUAUUUGGAGAUACAAUAUAUCCCACUUCGGCUUCCUGGAUGUCAACAGGUGGUACCCAACUGAUCGAAUUGUCUAUGAGUUUCUCAAUCUGCUCAAGGCGGUGUAUCUUCAUCUGAAACCGAAGACUUCACCCCAAAGGCCAUCUUACUACGUAUUAGGAUUAUAUCUGGAUCCUCAGAUAGCCGACUACCGCGCUGUGAAAUGGAUGAAGACAUUCUUCACACCUUCCAUGUUCAUCUCCAUCGCGCACCUUCCGUACUCGGUCAGCUAUGCCCGUAACUGCCGUAUAAUUCCUGUUGCUAUGGCUGAGCCUUUACCAGUCGACGUGCACUGGAACACUGACGGACACACCGUGAACGACAGUUUGGAUUUGCUUCGGGAAGUGGCCAAGCUUGGCCUCUCUAUUCCCCUUGCGAUGUCGUUUGGCAUGAGAGGACUGGUCUACGCCCCCAAGUUUCUCAACGAAGCCGCACCGACAAUCGAAGAGUUCCAGCUACUUAAACCUUGCAAAGAUUUUGAGGCGGCCAAGUACGAAGACCCCAAAAAGGUCUGUGCUGAGGGUGGCUGGAUUGCGUCGUCGCCUGUGCCUGGCCAUGCCUACAACGUAAACCAAAGAAAGGCAUUCACCUACCUAACCGAGCUCAGGAUAGCCACACUGGCAUGUGAGGUCAAGAAGUUCCGCAUCAAUCUAGACUUCGCACUUGCAGCAUACGACGUGGACUACGACGCAGAACUAUCGUGCGCCCCGUUCGGUUUCUUAUCACUAGGCCAACGCUUUGGUCGGGUCAUUUUUAUGCGCAAGGUAACGAAUUUCUUUCGGACGAACUACACAACCCGGAAAGGGAACAUUGGAUGCAAACUACAGGCAUUCCCGGAUGAAGACGUUGGUUAAUCUGGAGCGUUGGCUGCCAUGCUGCUUUUAUAAAGACAUCGGAAUAUCUUGGUUUGUGAUGCGAGUUUCUUCGAGAAAUAAAACCGUCGUUUCGUCUUUCAAUUGUA